AUGUCGCACAUCAACACUGAGCAGUUCGCUUCAACGGCCAUGCAAAAUGCUCGAAGCCGACUGCUUGAGCUUCCAAACGAGGCAAAUGAACAGAUUCUCCAUAAUAUUACAUCCUACCUCACCAGAGAUUGUGAUGUCUUCCAUCUCUCCCUAUCCUGCAAAGAUAUGUGGGACAAGGUCUUUGGAUCGGAGUCCACCAUCUGGAGAGAUCGCUUUGGUAAACACUACGACAUUGUCCCAGGGAAAACUUCUAGGGAAUUGAAGAUUGAAUACGAGAUCCGCGCGCUUGUGCUGAGGGCUUCGAUCCAAUUCAAAGAGAAGGAAGAUGAACGGCAAUACCUCUGGAUGGAGGUCAUGCAAACUAUGAUUGAGGAGGUUCUGACGCUACCCAUCUCUCCUGGAGACACCUCAAAGACCUUGCAACGUAUACAUGAGACCCUCGACAGGGUAAAUUUUCUAUGCGAAUUUCAGAACCACCAAACUCCUUCGCCACUCUUUUGUGGUGUCCAGCUGUGUCUAAGCUCAUUUGCUCUCGACCCAAAACUCACCUUACCGUGUCGUCGAAACGACUACAACCUGAAAGAGGUCUACUCAUGUGGAGACGAGGUGGGCGUGCCAUUCAUCGACCACGAGAACCUUGCCAUCGGCAGACUGCUGGACAUUCGCCAUUUCUGGCAGCGUCACGUCAUGAACUCUUUCGAGUUGUCUUUCAGAGAUUCCUUCUCCGAACUUCCUGAAGAUGUGAAGCCCAAAAUGCGUAAGGAGAUUCCAACCGAGGCAACCAAAUUAAGCUCAUCGUGGCUAGGAUACUACUCGUGCAUUCAUCCUGUGUCAGACCUGCUGAAGACUGACCGCCAGACAUGCGCUGAUAUCGAGAUACACGGUGAGCUGAUCGACCCAAUGACCCUUGACCUUAAACCUUCCGAACAUUUCUGGCCCGAGAAAUGCAGCAAGAUUAUCCCCCUCGCUGGCGGUCCCGACACCAAGCGAACUUAUUUUGAGGGUAAACAGAGCUCCUAUAAUGGCCCCGAUGAGGUAGGAAAUCAUGUUUUUGGGUUUACCGAAGAGAUUGCUGCCUCACAUGGUGGCUUUGGAGGAUGGAUGCGGAUCUGUUUUAUGCUUGUCGACGGAGAGGUGGAUGAUGAGGAUGAGGAUAAUGAGGAAAAGACCCCCUCUCUUCUGAUGGAGAGCGAGGGGUGGAUUCAUGGCUAUGAGGCUGCUAUCAUUCCUGGUGGGCGUAUGAUGCUGGGGCGUUGGUUGGAUAUGAAGGCAACAGAUGCCAGGGGCCCAUUCAUCUUCUGGGACGUGUGA